AUGAACAACUCAACGCCUCCAGGUUCUGAAGAACACGCGUGUUUUAAAGUGGAUAUAUUCCCGUUGUUCAUCUUUGCGUUUUUGGUGAACAUCUUUGCACUGCUUGCUGUUCUAAAGGCGCCGCCGCGAUCAACAACUACAAACGCUGCGAGACAAAUUCAUCUGCUGAUAUGUUGCCUAUCUGCUUCGGAUACUGUAUCUGUUGGUUUACAAUGUUUAAUGCCCAUUGCUUCGUUCAUAAAUUGUGGCUGGUGGGGAGGACAGACAACUUGUUCUCUCUUUGGCUACCUCAACGCAAUUUUAAUUAUCUGGUCUGCGUGGAUCGUGGCACUUCUAAGUUUUCAGAGAUUUCUUUGUACUGUUUCCCCUUUUAAACACCAAUGCAAGUUUACAACAAAGCGAAUCAAGAAGGCGCUAUUGUUGUUAUUUCUUUUCACGUCUGCGUUUUUUACUCCUCCGUUACUUGGAAUUGGCGAAUUUGUUUAUUACAAAACUGGUCAGUUUUGUAGCUUGAGUUUAACCCCUACUGGAUUAUCAGAUUCAAUAUUUCUUUCGCUUGUUGUUGCCCAUGGAUUUGUAUGCGUUUUCUUAAUCUUGUUCUUCAGUCUUCACGUCAUUUUCUCUCUAAAAGCAAGACGAAGGGUUUUCCAAGGAAGAAUACCUCGCGCUGUGGAAGAUUCAACUUCGACAUUUGUUGCCUUAACGAAAGCGAUUGCAUUUGUGUUUUGCAUUUGCAACUUUCCUCUCUUGGUAUGUUAUACCGUGACAGGAGUGUAGUUUUUAUUUUGAAUGAAAAUUAUUCGACGGCACAGAUUUAAAAUGAGAUUGGUGUAGUAAUAAAGAUUGUUCCGGCUGAAAAAAAAAUUAAUCGAUCGAUUACAUCUUCUUCUAAAAUAUCAAAUUAUUGUAGGCCUGCAAGGAUCAAGGGCGUUAACAACAUAACCUUAGCCUGUUCCAGGCCCUAAAAUAGUAAUGUGCAGAGAUUCAGAUGACGAGCGUCUUUUUCUCGCUUGGCUUGCUUUUCGCGACGCCCCUUCGUUCCUUAUAAUUAUAAGCCCCUAUAAUCCCUUCCUCAUAAGCCCGGUGGCUUCCCUUGGCUUUCCUUGCCAUUAGCCUUUUAAAUAUUUAGAUUUUCUUGUUUUUUUUGUACACGGUUAUGGCAAAAUAAUCGACAAUAAACUGCCAGGCACAGGCUACAAAAACAAGGCGAAUUGCCAACAAACCCAAUAACAGCAACAAAUGAAAUGGAAACGAAAGUGUUUUUAUUGUUUUUCCACAUCUUUAAAAGUCCCAUACUUAGCCCGUGCAACGACGUUUUCACAGAUCAUUUUUGUAGCCUAAUUUUGGAGUAUAUUUUCAUGCGAAAUUGGAAGCACCGUUUCGUAUGUGUGGGCAUCCCUACUACGAUAAUGAGAAAAGGGCUUGAAAAAGUUAAUACUGGCCUUAGAACAGUACAGUACUAUUUUCUUGUCUCCGAUUUUUGCUCUCUGAUUUGUAUAGACUCAUUCUACAGUCAAAAUUCGCUAGAAAAUUGAUCUAAAAAUACAUUAGUCUGGGGAAAAAACGGCGUUGCAUGGGCACAAGGAAAACGGCGCUCGCUUCGGGUUGUAUGAUCCUGCUGAGAAUUAUCAGCCACCAGCGCUUAAAUUUUAAUGCGCUUGGAUAAUCUCCCUUCAGAGCUGCUUCUUCCUAUGAGGUUCAAUCUUCACCUUUCUCUUUUUUCCUAUUGUCGUUUUGUUUUACAGAUCCGUAUGGCAGUGGACAUAGGAAAACAGACUUCACGCGAUGAACUUGGACUGGAGCAUACCCUCACAAUGGCGCUACUGUUUGCCAAUCCCUUGACCAAUCCGUUCAUAUACGUGGCUUGCAGAAGACGUUAUAGAAACAGUCUUAAAUUGCUUUUUUGUAGACAAUGCAAUGGUGUGGCUCCUGCAGAUAAUUUAGCGUUUGUUAUUGUCUAUGCAGCAAGAAGUUUCAAAAGAGGUCGAAGUGCUAAACAAGCCACAUCUUAUCUGUGA